CUGUCUUUGAAUGUCGCGUGUCAAAGCCAUUUGUCAAAUCAAAACAUGAUCAAUGUGCUUGAGCCCAUCUGACUGUUGAUUCGGUCAAGCGAAACCGAAGUGAAAGUUGUAGGUAAUUGCACGUUGUGUUAUGUGAUUGAUAAUUAUUGUUUUUUUUUUAAUGAAAGUGUAAUUACGAUUGAUUUCGUUCAAGUGAACGUUCACUUUUGACUAUGAUGGCGAGUUUUUGGGGUGAAUUGGAUACUAUGCAAAUUCAAAUCAACAAAGACACAUACGAGUGCCGGAUUUGCGACAACGUCUUCACAUCACCGAUCCAAUUGACCGUACAUUGCAUUGCGUUGCAUGGAGCAUUGCCAUGCAUUCACUGUUUGAAGCUAUUCGAAAGUGAGCAUAUGCUGGGAGAUCACACACGCACACAGCAUGACUGUGAUAAACACAUUUGUCCCGAGUGUUCGGAUGAAUUUCCACAACAAACUGAUUUUGAAUCGCACAUGAGAUCCAAACAUUCCAAGAGAUUGUGCGAGCUGUGUGAGUUAUUGACCUCAAUCGAUGAACAACAACAACACCUGUCAACGCUACACAAAAUCGCCGAUGGUUCAUUCAAAAUUACUUUGGCACCCGUUAACCAAAAUGAUUUUCGAUGCAACUCGUGUUCGGAUGGAAAAUCGGUUGAUCGCUUAGACAAGCUCCUUUUACACUACCUGUACUUCCAUAAAUGUUCGCUGCAAUCCUUGCUUCGGUGUAUUUUGAACAACAAUAUGGAAUCGCUACAGUCUCAAAUCUCUCACGAUGAUGUUCAUGCGAAAUGUUCAACGUGUAACCAGAGUUACACAUGGUCGGUACCAAAAAUUUACCAUAAAAUAUACUGCCAAGGUUUUAUGUAUUGCCCGUCCUGUACCAACUGCUUCGAUACUCAAGAGAAAUAUGAUGAACACAUGCAGUUGUGUCAAGACAAACCGUUCAAAAUCAAUUUUUGUGAUAACUGUAGCAAUUCCUCCGUCGAUGAGCCACAUCUUCGAUCUGUACAUAAUUUUUCAACCGUCUCAUGGAACCCAGCACCUAGCCUACUGAACGCAGAGAACGAUUGUACUUUUUGUGCGGAAAAUCUAAGCUGCGAAGAAGCUAACCUUAACGGAAUCAUCGACCAUUUUCGUACUUUUCACAAUUUUGAUGCUGCCGCUAUUUUAAGCUAUUUGAAACAGGGUAAAAGUAAAACAAAGACUGAACAAUGUGACGAACAAUGCGAUAAAAAAAGAACAAGGAAGAAUGUUGCCGAAAUUCGUGCAAUUGAUGGAGAUGAAAAUGUUGGAUAUCUCAUGAAUUUCGAUACAAAACUCGUCAAAUAUGUUUACUCAUCCGCAUCGGAUUAUGAUUCGAAUGAUUCAGAUGAAGAGAAUAUAACACGAGCAAUAAAUACCUAUCAAUGCGACGUCUGCGAUUAUCGAUCCCGAUCGAAAUUCGUCCAUGUCAUGCAUAUGCACAAAAAACAUGGAUUCUCCCUGAAAACACCCGAAUUCAGGUGCAACGUUUGCAGAACAAUUUUCAAAUCAAAUCGCAGCUUGAGGAAACAUAAUCAGAAUUCGCAUCAUAAACAAACCGUUGGAAAGAGAUUCAAAUGUUCAUUUUGUGAGUUUGGCUCUAAUGGCAAAACGAAAAUUAGGCGACAUAUUGGUGAGCAUGUCGAAGCAUCAUAUCAUCCAUGCUCCUUGAAGUCCAUUGGAUUCAACUGUAGAUACUGCCAUUUCAUAUUUUGGACAAAGGAACAGCUGAACGAGCAUCAAUUGAACCGUCACUCGGAGCAUUUACAAGAUACAUAUUUACUGUGUAGCCUUUGCUUUUCUUCUUUUAAUAAUUUGGCAGCGCUUCGAAGUCACAAUACGACCAGGCACUUUGAAUUUGAUCUGGAUGGUCAUGCAUUUCAGUGUAAAAUUUGUCGAAUUGUUUUGUUUUCCAUGGAUGCGAUCCGUUUCCAUAUGCAAGAAUUGCAUCCGCAGCUUCAAUCGAUGUGUUGUGCCAAGCGGAAUUGCAUGAAGGUGGUGGCGAAUGAAGAGGAACUACGGACUCAUUGGGCUGCUCAACAUACAAAAACCGUAUUUCAAUGUUUGGAAUGUUUUAGAAUGUUUGAGCGUAGGGAAUAUGUUGAAAAUCAUAUGGCUGUGACCCAUGCAAAGUCGAAAACGAAAAAAUUACAAUAAAAGAAAAGACUACUGAUUAUAAAGCGUU